UCACUCUCUCUCUCCCCUCCCCUCUCCCCCAACCUCUCUCCCCCCACCUCUCUCCCUCCCUCAGUCUCACUCUCUCUCUCUCUCUCUGUGUGAAGGAGCUGUGCGAUGUUGAUGGGUGUGUCAGCAAGACUUUACAAAGAGCGGUUAAAGCAGGAAGGAAUGGGCACCCACGAGAAAGCCGUCAAGUUCCUAAACCAGGAUUACGAGGCCUUGAAGCAGGAAUGCCUGGAGAACGGGACGCUGUUUGAAGACCCACAGUUUCCAGCUGCCCCCACGAGCAUCGGCUUCAAGGAACUAGCCCCACACAGCUCCAAAACCCGCGGCAUUGCCUGGCAAAGACCACAGGAAAUUGCAGCUGACCCACAGUUCAUUCUGGCUGGAGCAUCUCGAACUGAUGUUUGUCAGGGAGCCCUCGGUGAGAUCAUCAAACCAGAGAGAUAUCACA